UUUCAGAGGAACCUGGUUCAGAUUAGAAGCAGAGAAGAACACAACUGGGAACAACAGGUCUCAUAUACUCACAUAUAUAUAUAUAUAUAACCAUGGAGCCCAAAAUCAUUGAGAUGGCAGCCCUGGGAAGGGCCCUGUAUCCUGGCAUGCUGUAUGACUGCCGCAAUGAUGCUUUUAUUCCAGGUAUCACUUUAUGGGACAAGAAUGCAUUGCGUGAUGAUAUUGAUGUGCACGACCAGACUAAAACAUUUGUCAAGCUUGCUGCCUCUGACAGUGUCACCGAUAAGGCCAACCUCCUAGAUGUGAACGCUUCCCUAAAAGCCAGUUUCUUAGGUGGUUUAGUGGAGGUUGGAGGAUCAGCCAAAUACCUACAGGAUUCUAAAAGCUCAGCACGUCAGUGCAGAAUUACUAUGCAGUACAGCCAGACAACAAAAUUCGAACAACUUACAAUGAAGGAGCUUGGUAAUAUCGCCUAUCCACAAGUAUUCGAGCAGAAAACAGCCACUCAUGUAGUUACAGCUGUACUGUAUGGAGCUUCUGCUUUCAUGGUGUUUGAUUAUACAGCCUCACAAAAUGAGAACAAACAGGCUGCUGAAGGAAGCCUUUAUGCAGUGGUCAAGAAGAUUCCUACCAUUUCAAUUGAGGGGCAAGCAUCCCUUAAGAUGACUGCAGAAGAAAAGAACCUAGCUGAAAAUAUAAAUGUCACAUUUUAUGGUGACUAUGAGCUUGAAGAGAACCCCACUACAUACACAGAGGCUCUGAGAGCAUGCAAAAGGUUGCCCAGUCUGCUGAAGGAAAGAAACUCUAAAGGUGUGCCACUGACUGUGUGGCUGUAUCCUCUCACACUUUUGAAUACUAAGGCUGCUAAGUUGGUGAGAGAAAUCACUUUGAGCCUGGUGUCUAAAACAGAGAGUGUGUUGGAGGAGCUUGCUGAAGCAGACAGAAAAUUCAAUGAUUUGCUCAAAAACCCAAUUACAGCCAGUUUCCCUGAUGUCAAGAAAAGUUUGGAACAGUUUAAGGAAUUACACAGUUGUUAUAAGAUAACAUUACAGAAGGCACUGGUCAACAUUUUGCCAGGCAUUCGGAAUGGAACACUUGAGAACAAGGCACUGGGAGACAUCCUGAGCAACCAUGGCAUGUCACCCUUUACUGCUACCAGCAUGAACAAAUGGUUAGAUAGCAUUACAACUGAAAUAAAUGUACUGACUUCCUAUACCAGUUCGCUGAAGGACAUCACAUUUUUGUCAUCCGAAGGGUUAUUUAAUUCCAUUCUCUUUGAUCCUAAUGCUGAUUCAGUGGUUUGCUUGACAUUUACCUCUCUAAACAGUGAAGACCCCUACCUUGUGGCUGCACAAAGCUUUGUGAAUUCUCCAGCGAUGGCAAAUUUUGGACAAAAAAUUACUAAAGCUUUCUCAUACCCAGCUGCACAGCCUUGGUUCACGUCUCUUGAAAUCUCUGCAAGAAUGAGGCAGAAUCUUUCUCUCUUUACCAAUUUUUGCAAGAUCACUAAAAAUGAGAAGAGAAUCAAGUGCGUCAUUGCCUCCAUACCAGACCCCAGCAAUCCAGGAACCUCCAUCCGACUUUAUCAGUAUGGUGCUCUCAAAACUAGUAAGUUCCUUCCUGUAUCCAAGCCUGCUGUACCUGUGUUGGAGACACGUGAUGGGAAACCCUUUGUAACGUUAUCAAAAUCUCCAACUGGAGAGACAGUACAGUACAGAGUUGAGUACAGAAAUUCCCAGCCAACUGAUACAACAACUGAUGCUGACUGGACAGUCGUCACAACUCCAGAUGCAUAUACCAGCUUUGCACUGAGUGGACUUAAGCCAAUAGAACAAUACUGGGUCCGAUACAGAGCUGUUGGUAUUCUGGGAGUGAGUGAACCCAGCGAUUAUGUCCCUUUCUCUUUUACUGGGAAGGCCGAUUUCACAUUGAGCCAAUGGAACCUCUCCAUGCCUUCACUCAUUAAUUAUCUAAGGACUAAUAUAGUGACCAAUAUGGGCUUGUCACGAUGGUCUUCCUCUACGAUCAAGUCAGAGAUUGCAAACAUUAUAAACAAUCCUAGCAUUCCUUACACUGGCCCAAUUACUGGAGACGUGAAAACCGGAAUGGCCUUCUAUUUCCAAGGGACGGCUCUUUCAACAGGAAAAUUCUUUGAAACGAAUCUUAUAGCCGGGACAAGGGAAGCUGGCAAUGUCACUCUUCACAUGUUUGUGACUUUUGGUGAAUCAAUGCUCUUCAGCACCCGAAGGGGUCAGACCUGGGACAACGCAGAACGCUUAACAUGGUCUCCCAUUACCAAAGGAUCAGCCUUUGAUAUAUUUUUUUGGAUCAACCCAGAAGGCUGGGAGGUAUAUAUAAAUGGGCAGAAGAUUUACCUGUUCAAGCAUCGCCUGCCAGUGGAGAAAGUGAAUACAGUUCACAUUUAUGGAGACACCGUCAUUAACGUCAUGGGAACUAUUCCGAAUUGGAGCUUUUCUACUUUUGGAAAGGAACUAGCCUCUGGCACCUCACGUACAGUGAACUCUAGCAUCCAGUCUGAUGUGCCGUAUCCAGUCAGCAACCCUAAAACAGCUUACACUGCAAAACUCCCAGUACCUUUAAGACCUGGUGUGGCUUUGUUCUUCCAAGGGGUUGUUCCUUCAGGUUACGAUUGCUUUGCAAUAAAUCUGAUGGCGGACAAUGACAUUGCUUUCCACUUCAACCCCCGAAAGAAUGCAGUGGUCUAUGACAGCUGCAGAAAUGGCACAUGGGAAAAAAGCAUAGAAAAUCCAGGAGGCCCAUUUGUCAAUGGCGGAGCCUGCGAUAUCUUGUACUUUAUUAAUUCAACAGGCUAUGAGAUAAUUGUGAAUGGCCUCCCGCUCUCUACGUUCAGUCACCGUUUUCCAAUUGAGAAAGUGAAUAACAUUAAGAUCAUUGGAGACGUCUUCAUGAACAACUUUUCAGUUGUUGAAGUGGGCGACGUAAACAUGCAAAUAAAACUGCCUGCCAACAUUUGAGGAUUUCUAAUCAUCAGUGAAGCUUCGAGUACAUUUGAAGGACUUUUGUUUCACUCUGUGCUCAAGGAUUUCAGAAUUCAUGGACACAACUUUCUCAUGUGGACUUUGUUGCUUCUUGUGGUUAGAAAUGAACACGCUAUACAUUCUUUGCAACAGUUUUACAGUUCUUACUCUUAAGAACUCUUACUUCAAUAAUAUAGACGGUGAACAAGUAGUUCAUUACUAGCAAGUCGAUACUUUUGCAGCAAAAAUGAUGGCAGCAGUAUUUUAUUUUAUUUUAUUUAAAUUUUUUAGAUAAAUCCAUUUAAACCCAAGAUUCCAGUGUAAUGGAAGUCUGUUUUUGACUAUUUUAACCAAACAUGCAUUCACAAAUUUUCCCCAUGAUUUAGGGAAACAUCGCGAAAGUCUGCAAUGUUAAUUAAGGCAAAAAAUUAGCUAAUUUUCACGCUUCAAUAUUUGCUUGUCCUUUCGUACCUCGCACCAUAAAAUGAGGUCGAACCUUUUUUUUUUUUUUGCCUUUUUUUUUUUGCUUUCUUUGCUGUUUCUUUACUCAUUUGCUAUUUCUUUGCAUCUUUCACUGUUUCAGUUCUACCUGAAAUGCUGUUGUAAUACAAUGUGGGACCUGCAGAGGGCACUCAAUGCACGUCUCUUUAAAAAAAAGAAAAAAGAAAAAAUUGCUCUAUACGACAUAUUCAUCAUUUAAUAUAUAUAUAUAUAUAUAUAUAUAUAUAUAUAUAAUAACCACUGAAUUAGUCAAAUGUAUUAUGAU